GUUUGACAUCCACUAUUUUUCAUGGGUGUAUGUAAAAGAAAAUUUUAAUUAAAUAAACGAAUUGUAGGUAAUACAUAUAAAAUAGAUAAUGUCUGGCUGCAGCAGUGAAACUUAUUCUAUACAUCCGUAUUAUAUUUGUGGGAUUUGUAUGGAUAAAUUUCCGACAGCCUGUUUAUACACUUGCGAUAGAGGCCAUUUGGUUUGUUCAAGAUGCUAUAAACAAGAAUAUUACAUUGGAAAGGAAAGAAAAUGCCCCUACAAGCAUUGCAACUGCUGGAUGAGCAAGGUCUCUAAGCCGUCAGAAGAUUGUUUGACGGGCUUGAAAAAAAUGUUUCCCUGCCCUUGGGAAAUAUCAUUAUGUAAAAAGAUUUUAGAUGAUCCCAAGACUAGUAUUAGUUCUCUGGGUCGAAUGGGCGACAGUCAGCAAAGCUUGACCUCGUUAAGUCGAAAACCGGUGUGUUGUCCAUACUUCAGUUGCAAUAAAACUAUAGCUGUGACGACAUUCUACGAUCACUUUCGUUACGAACAUCCUUCUGUAACAUUCUUGGAUACUAAAUUUGAAAUACGGAACGGUUUAAAUUUUCGAUUAGAAGAUAUUCAUUACAACGAACGACACUGUAUUUUAUUAAUUAACAUUUUAAACGAUAAGCAACAAAACAAAUGUACCAGCAAAAUUGCGGAGUCUAGAGGAGUUAUAGCUUCUCUGAAGCCAGCCCUUUUGGUCAUGGCGAUUCGUAUUCAUUGCUUCGAUAGUUUGGAUGAAAGAGAUAACUUUUCUUCGGGUGAUGCGGAUGAUGAUAGCUCUUCAAUAUAUGACCCUCAUGCAUGCACCCCGGACGAUAGAAUACUUAUAUGGAUAGCAUCCAAUAUUGCAACGAAAUAUAGCUAUACUCUUGCUGUUUCAACGCUAUGUAACGAGAUCAGACUGAAAUAUUUUGGACCCAUGCUGACUUUUAAUGAAGACCCCUUGAAAAUGUGUAGCGAAGGGCGGGGCCUUAUUUUAAGUAACUUUCAUAUGAAGGGCAUGACGGAAAAUGGCACGAAACCUUUGGUUAUGGAUAUCAUUAUUCAUGAUACAAUUGAGAACGAUGAAGGUAUCAGUGAUACUUGUAGUUGCCCUGAAGAGUGCGCUAGUAGUGAAGAAAUUAUAGAUUUCUAUUAAUUGGAAAAUUCUUGAUA